AUGGUGAAGUUUCUGGCCUUAAUUGGCAUCAUCGCGCUGACGGUGGCAUCAGCCACGGCCGAGGUACGAAUCAAGCGACAGGCGGAAGAGACCACCAAGAAGGAAGAGUCAUUCGAGAAAGAGCUUUGCAAAGACAAAGACGCCGGAGAAUGGUUCCGGUUGGUAGCGGGCGAGGGCGAUAACUGCCGCGACGUCAUCCAGUGCACCUCGUCGGGUCUGCAAGCGAUCCGCUGCCCGGCCGGGCUGUACUUCGACAUCGAGAAGCAAACGUGCGACUGGAAGGACGCGGUCAAGAACUGCAAAUUCAAGAACAAGGAGCGCAAGGUGAAGCCGCUGCUGAUCACCGACGAGCCGCUCUGCCAGGAGGGCUUCCUGGCCUGCGGUGACGGUAACUGCAUCGAGCGUGGCCUCUUCUGUAACGGCGAGAAGGACUGUACCGACGGCUCGGACGAGAACUCCUGCGACAUCGAAAGCGACCCGAACCGUGCGCCACCGUGCGACGAGUCGGUGUGCCAGCUGCCGGACUGCUUCUGCUCGGAGGACGGUACCACCAUCCCGAACAACCUGCCGGCGAAGGAUGUGCCGAUGAUGAUCACCAUCACGUUCGACGACGCGAUCAACAACAACAACAUCGACCUGUACAAGGAGAUCUUCAACGGCAAGCGCAAGAACCCGAACGGCUGCGACAUCAAGGCGACAUACUUUGUCUCGCACAAGUACACCAACUACUCGGCGGUGCAGGAGACGCACCGCAAGGGUCACGAGAUUGCGGUACACUCGAUCACUCACAACGAUGAGGAACGCUUCUGGUCGAACGCGACGGUGGACGACUGGGCGAAGGAGAUGGCCGGCAUGAGGAUCAUCAUCGAGAAGUACGCCAACAUCACGGACAACUCGGUCGUGGGAGUGCGUGCGCCGUACCUGCGCGUCGGAGGCAACAACCAGUUCACCAUGAUGGAGGAGCAGGCGUUCCUGUACGACUCGACGAUCACGGCCCCUCUGUCCAACCCGCCGCUCUGGCCGUACACCAUGUACUUCCGCAUGCCGCACCGGUGUCACGGUAAUCUGCAGAGCUGCCCGACGCGCUCGCACGCCGUCUGGGAGAUGGUGAUGAACGAGCUCGAUCGCCGGGAGGACCCGACCAACGACGAGUACCUGCCGGGCUGCGCCAUGGUCGACUCCUGCUCGAACAUCCUCACCGGGGACCAGUUCUACAACUUCCUCAAUCACAACUUCGACCGGCACUACGACCAGAACCGCGCGCCCCUCGGACUGUACUUCCACGCCGCCUGGCUGAAGAACAACCCGGAGUUCCUGGACGCGUUCCUCUACUGGAUCGACGAGGUGCUGGCCAACCACAACGACGUCUACUUCGUCACCAUGACGCAGGUCAUCCAGUGGAUGCAGAACCCGAGGACGACCAACGAGGUCAAGAACUUCGAGCCGUGGAGGGAGAAGUGUGUCGUCGAGGGCCAGCCCUCAUGCUGGGUGCCGCACUCCUGCAAGCUCACCUCCAAGGAGGUGCCCGGGGAGACGAUCAACCUGCAAACCUGCGUCCGCUGCCCCAACAACUACCCGUGGGUCAACGAUCCGACCGGAGAUGGCUUCUUCUAA